AUGUACGCAGGCAUAUAUGAUUAUUCAUCGAGUGGACGGGAAAUUCCAAUCGGCAUGGCGAACAUGUCGCCAAUAGCGUCGUCACUGCUUUUCUACGCUCUUCUGCAGACAGUUUCCUGCUUCACGGUCAUCAUCACAGCACCCGAUCAGGCACUCAUCGGAUCCUCCAUAAAUGUCUCCGCCACGCUCUUCGAUGGCGAAAAACCGGCUGCUGAGGGUAAAUCCUACAGGUUCACCUGGACCGACAGUACUGGCAAUAAAAAGGUGAUUGAAACGAAAACCGCCACCAGCAAUUGGACUGUGGUCUACACGCAGGAGCAACCGGCCACGCAUGUGAUUAAGGUCGAAGUGGAGCGGUUCAUCAUCUUCUGGCUGACGGAGGCCAAGGCGCAGAAGGGAAUCAAGCUGGAUAACUUGCUGAUCGGCAGUUUGGAACUGAUUCAGAGCCAGGUGACGCGUCCCCACGAGUUUGUGUCCACGCAGGAGGCGGUGAAUCACAGCAUAUCGCUCUCCCAAGCGGACCUCGCAUUUCUGCGCGAGAAAGGCUAUCACAUUCAGACGUAUUGGUUUCAAAACUGUACAUAUCUCGGCAUGUCCAAUGCCCUGGACUAUCUGGCCUCAUAUCCGAAAGCUGAGCAAUAUUACGAUGUGGAGGCUUUAGUGGUCGCCUCGCUGGAACUGCCGCCGGAGCCAACGCCCUCGACUACGACGACCACGACAACGACAACCACUACCACUACAACGACUACAACAACCACAACUACAACUCCCGCUACAACUACAACAACCACGUCAACAACUCCUGCCACCACGACCACUCCAAAAACCACAACGUCGUCCACAACUACAACAACUAGCACUACUUCAAAGCCACCGGCACGAUCCAAACGUGAUUUAGUCCAGGCCAUUCACGCCAAUGCUGCUCUUCUUGGCCUGAACCUAACCAGCGCCUUGAAACAGCAGAAGAAUUCCGCUGGGAAUGUGUCCGUGGCGCUGGUCAAUCCGCUGGGAGUACGAAGGCUGUCCAAACUGACGCUAUUGCCCGGCACUCAGCCACCUUUUGAUUGCGUGAACAAGAAAUAUGUGGCCCAGGAUCCGAAGCAGAUCUACGGCUACUUCCAGAAACGCAUUGUUUCCAAGGAUCCCAUCACCGGUUUUGGAACCACUGGCAAGAAUUGGCUACAACACUGGGAGAUACUUCAGCUCAAUGUCAAUUGCAAGGGAUCGUCGCCAGUUGAGAUUUGCACUCAAGUUUAUACGGCUCCUUACAACUCCACGGGCAAUGAGACUUGCGAACGUUAUGACCCAAUCGAGAAUUGUUCUUAUGAGUACAUACGAUACUUUGGCGAAAGCAAGACCAUUCUGUUCUUUAUACGCAAUCAGGUGUCCCAAACACUUAACCAGGUCACCAUGAACAUGUAUGAAGCCCAGCGACAAUCUCAGCUUUCAGUUGUAGUUGUGCCCGUGACAUGCACUUUGGUGGCCGUAAUUCUAGUUGUUUUCGGCGUGGCCUAUUAUAUUCAGCGGGGAAAUCGCUUCACUGUUGAGGUGGCCGACUUUAACUUUGGCGACACUCAGUCGGUGGACAUGGAGUACAAGACAUUCCCGCAGCGCUUAAUCGAUAGCAUUCGCGAUGCCUGGACGUGGCCGGGUCAGCGGCGUCACUCGCAGUCCAGCGCAGAUCUCAUGGCGGACCAGGAUCAGCCGCCCAGUCCGGGCUUUGGAGGCAAUGUGGGCGAUGUGGAUAGCAACCUGCGCUACAACACCUUCAACUAGGCUCGGUUGAAACUCGGUUACCUAUGCAAAUUAACCAAUUUAAUU